CUUUACCGCGAUAAGACGUUCUGUUGCUGCCGAACCGUUACCGCGACAGAGCAUAGGUACAGCAUACAUCUUUUUCCCAGGCCAGUGAUACAAGAGAAAAAGUAGAAGAAAGGUCUUUCGCCGACUCGGAGUCUCGAAGGGGGAUGUGAAGGAGAAGUGUGUGGUUUUUUUUGUGGGCUCUCGGAUCGAACCGUGUGUUGUUUUACGUUUCGUCGCUUGGAAUGCGUUCGGAAAUUUUGUGUUGUCCUAAUUUCACAGCGGAUUAUGUUUUGCAUCUGAACUGAUGCAACUGAAUGAAUAAUUUCUCGUCCCGAUGACCUGAGAAGUAGAUGAAAUCAUCCGUUAGUGAGUGUAUAUGUGCUUGCAGGAUACAAAUAUUGUGGAUAUAAAUUGUACAUCAUUAAAAUAUCAGUGGUAGUUUUGUCUGAAAUUUAAAUUGGUAUUGUGCAACUUAUGGUCCAUAAAGGUGGAUGAAAAUCAAAUCUUUCUGCUGUAAAUACGGAGAGCAGAAAAAAAUUGUGCAACGUAAACGGGCUUGUUGUGUCCAAGUGGCAUUUGUGUUAGUGUUCAACUCAAAAGGGAAGACAGCCGUUUUAUAGUUGGUGGAUAGCUGGAUAUAAGAAAAUGACCAUUGAAUAGGCAAAAAAUGGCUUAGAGAGGUCACUCUGGGCUCGCGAUUUCCUCUCACAGUUCGCAGAGUUGCCGUGUGAGAAAGUGUUUGAUUUAUGUAUAUAUUGGUCAUAGUUUCGUUGAUGAACAACUCGUGAGAAACCACGAACUGGUGAUGAAGCAGAAAACGUCACCGCAGUCCAACGUUCUUCGCGAAAUCAGAGGCGAAAAAAUACACACACGUGAUAUGUCGGAGAGAUCGAAAGAAACGCAUCGGAGGAGGAUGCUCAAUCCACAACUGGUUUUCGCGACGGCAGCCACUCUGCUGGUUCUAGUCCAACCGGUUGCAUGCCAGAUCAUCAACCGAACGCCGCACUUUAUUCCUGGCACUGGGGAUAUGUCUCGAUUUAGUCUGUCGGAAAACACUCCGGUUGGCAGUGUUGUCUACCAGCUGAGAGGCGUUGACCCCGAGGGCAGCAAGUUGCGUUACAGUAUUUCCGGACCUGUAUUCAGCGUGGACCGUGAAACUGGCGUUGUUAGGUUGCGUCAGUCCCUGGAUCGAGAGCUGCAGGACAGCGUGGAAGUAAUCAUCAGUUUAACGGACGAAGGCAUUGCAGGCACUGAUCCAAACACGGUCUCGCUGAGGCGUGAAAUUCCCAUCCGUGAUUACAAUGACAAUGCUCCGACAUUCAUCGGACGACCAUACAGCGCUUCAAUGAGCGAAUCCACAAAACCGGGAAGCGUUGUCAAAAUAAGUCCGGAAAUUAUAGUCACCGAUUUGGACGAGGGUUUGAACGCGGAUGUGAAACUUUCCUGUUAUCUCGAUCCAACCAAGGAGAAUGAUGAUAUUUGUGAGGUAUUUGAGGUGAAGACUGAAAAAAUUGCUGAAGGAAAAUUCGGUGCCACAAUCGUUCUCAAGAAAACGCUAGAUUUUGAAACAAGGCCAUCUUAUAUUCUUAGUAUACAAGCCAAAGACGGAGCUUCUACCAAUCCUCUCAAAUCGUACGCCACAGUGGCCAUUACUAUCUUAGAUGUACAAGAUCAACCACCGGUAUUCAUUAACGCACCAUACUCUGCAUCCAUCCCGGAAAAUACUCCCGAGGGGACAACCGUCCUCACGAUUAAUGCGACCGAUGGUGACACUGGCAGUCCUCGACCCAUCGUGCUUUCUUUGGAAAAUGAAUACAUGGGUCACUUCAAGCUGAAAUACAUCGGAAACCCUCGCGGCGGAGUAGCCGAGCUCAUCACAUCCGACCGCUUGCUCGAUCGGGAAGAUCCAACAAUAGUGCGGAACGGUGGAGCGUACACAUUCUCCAUUCGGGCCACAGAACUAAUCAACAACGAACUUCCGGGUGACUCCACUAGCUCCCAGAUAACGAUUGUCCUCCGAGAUGUCGACGAUCACAUCCCGGUCUUCAACAAGCCCAGCUUCGAAGUAUCGAUCCCGGAAAACCUCGAGCAGGACACUCCGCUUCCGGAUCUCACAAUCAUUGUUACCGACAUGGAUCUCGGCGUCAACAGUAGAUACUCACUGUCACUCAGGAACAUCCGAAACGCGGAAGGAGUAUUCACAGUAGCACCUACCAAUGGAGAAGGGAGAACACCUGUUGUUGUGAAAGUACGCGACCCAUCGAAGCUCGAUUACGAUGUUAGCGAUGCCAGUUUGAGAACAUUUGUGUUUGACAUCGUGGCGUCCGUUGAUGGGGAAGAAAAAUCCAAAACCCAGGUAACCGUAAAUCUGCAGGAUUCGAACGACAAUUCGCCGGUGUUCCCCCAUACGAACUACAAACUUAACGUGAAAGAAAACUCACCGAAAGGAUUCAAAAUAGCUAAUAUCACCGCCAUCGAUCACGAUACCGGUAUGUUUGGGAAACUCUCGUACGCCAUGAAGGGUUUCGGGGCGGACUACUUCUACACCGAUCCUAAGAAGGGUGGAGUGUUUGUCAAUCUCAAUUUGGAUUAUGAAGAACAGAAAAGCUACAGUCUGGCACUGGUUGCUACCGACGGGGGUGGCCGCGAAACAAACGCAAAUCUUCUGAUAAACGUUAUGGAUGUUAAUGAUAAUUAUCCAGCGUUCGAGUCGCUAGAAUACACACGCACAAUCCGCGAGGGAGCGACGGAUUUCGAACCACAAUUUUUCGUUCACGCUACAGACGCAGACGGGCCCCAACAGGGAGGUGGCAAGGUUACGUACACUAUUGAGUCUGAAAACAGCAUCUCCGGCCAUGUGUUCACAGUGGAUCCUAACAGUGGAGAGAUCAAAAUAACGCGACCGGUUAAUUCUAUGGAUACGGAACGUGGUCAGUACGAGUUGAUCGUGGUUGCAACGGAUCACGGUGUUCCACCGCUGAAAAAUGACACCAGAGUUCUCGUUAGGGUGGGCAUUUCUGGUAAUCAAAGGCCGAUAUUCAAGGGACUGUUCCACAAGGGGAAGAACGAUAUUCCCGGUCCACCAAGUUAUAGGGUUAGUAUCCCGGAAAAUGCCCCUGCCGGAUACAGCGUGACGAACGUUAGCGCAACGGAUCCGGAUGGAAUGGAUGAUUUACUGCGGUACAAGAUUGUGGGCGCGAGCGAUAAUUUCGAGAUUAAUGACUACAGCGGACAAAUAACUGUCGCUCGGGAUGCUCGCCUCGAUCGGGACACCAAUCCGGACAGUUACACCAUCGUAGUGAAUGCCAUCGAUGCCGGCUUUCCAAUACCCGAAACGGCCACAACCACCGUUUACGUCAAAAUUCAGGACGUCAACGAUAAACCGCCAAAGUUCAGCCAGCAAGGCUACACCGCGUACAUAUCCGAGAGGAGUGUUCCCAACACGGAGGUGCUUCGAGUGUCGGCGACAGACACGGAUGUGAAUGCGAAGAUUCUGUACUCGAUCAUUGAGCCCAUGUCCGCGAAAACGAAAGCCGGAAUACCUUUGCAACAGAGUGCGGUGCAAAGCUACAAAACUGCUUUCCGAAUCGGUGAAGACACCGGAGUGAUCUACGUUAACAGUGCGUUGGACUACAAUCAAGCGGCCGUUAUCACUCUCACAAUUCGGGCGGUGGAUGUGAAUGCAGAAUAUAACAUCGAUAUGCAGGAAGAUCGUGCAGAGGUUACGCUUUUCAUUCAAUCCUUCAAAGAUGUCAAUCCAGUAUUCAAAAAUAAGGGUUGGAGUACAGUUCGACCAAAGGUGGAGGUCAAAAUCAAAGAAGAAGCGCCUAUUGGAAGUGCGGUAAUGAAGAUUGAAGCCACCGAUCCUGUAAUGGAUGUUCCGAUCACUACUUUUGAGCUACUGAUGCCCGAUGUGGAUGGUUAUUUCAGUCUGAAUGAGCAGACGGGGGAUGUCAUUCUGAACAAGAGACUGGAUUACGAGACGAUCAACAAGAUGAACAUAGACUUCGUCGUACGAGCUCUGGCAAAGGAUAAAAUUCGACAGUCACUAGCUUACGUAAACGUCACGGUCGAAAACGUCAACGAUAAUGCUCCUGUGUUCGAGAAGGAAGUUUAUCGCACGACAGUGAUGGAGUCGGAUCGUUAUCCACACAAGAUCAUCACCGUGAAGGCGAAAGACGACGACGCUCUCUUGACGGAUAAGGACAAACAAUUGGGUUACAAUUCGGUGAGGUACAGCUUGGAAGGAUCCCACGCCAAUUUGUUCACCAUCGAUAACAAAACCGGUGAAAUCAGUAUAGCUAAAGGCCAGGUACUGGAUCGGGAGAAGCAAUCCGUUCUGAAGAUUGUAGUUAUAGCCAAAGAUUCGCCAGGAAAAACAACAGACGCAAGACGAGGCUACGCCGAAGUCGUUGUAGAUGUGCUGGAUGUCAACGACAAUGCUCCCAUUUUCGGACAAAAAUCUUACACAGCAGUUAUUCCGGAGAAUGUACUGGCAGACACCUUCGUGAUCGUGAUAACAGCACAAGAUCCCGACGAAGGGCCAGGUGGAGAGGUGCGUUAUGACUUCCUAAAUGAGGGCGAGGCUAACGGUCUUCUCCAAAUCAACCCGAAAUCUGGCGAAAUAAAAACCAAAGUUCUCCUGACGGGCAAGGGCCGCUCGGACCCGUACGAGAUAAUUGUCCGGGCGCAGGACAACGGUAGCCAGUUACCCAAGCAACGUUCGCUCUACAAUGACACCGUGUUUACUCUGUACAUUGGCGAUAUCAGCGCGAACGACGGAAUUCCCUUCUUUAUCGCACCCAAAGUGGGACAGAUAGCCAACGUGACCGAGAAUGCAACACUCGGCGCACCCGUGUUCCAAGUGGUCGCCAGUGACCCGGACAGUCCCACAACGCCGAGCGGAACACUGCAGUAUCGCAUCCAAUCGGACAUCGAAGAUGCUAAAUCGUUCAGAAUCGAUUCGAAAACCGGUCUUAUUACUACAACGAAAUCAUUAGAUCGUGAGGUGAAAUCAAUGUAUAAUAUUAUAAUCGAAGUAAGUGAUAUGGGUAAUCCUCCGCAAGCCGCGACCAUCGUUUUGAGGAUUAAUGUGCUCGACAUUGACGAUCAUCAGCCCCGAUUUGCACGAGACGUUGACUCUCAACCGAUUGAAAUGUGGGUGCUCGAAGAGCAGCCUGCGGGUGCAAUCGUAGGCAAUCUCACGGCCAUCGAUGAAGACAUUGGUGAAAAUGGUGCCAUAGAUUACGAAUUUACAGACGGCAAUGAGUUGGGGCUAUUUCGAAUCACGCGAACCGAAAACAGUGCUGCUGUUAUCAUAACCACAAAACCUCUAGACCGCGAAACGUUGCAGUCCGUUAGUCUCACUAUAAAAUGUUUCCAACAUAAGCCUGACCCUUCUCCGAGUGCUGCUUCGUACAACAAAUACGACAAAUCCGAACAAAGAAUCAUUAUUCAUGUGAUGGAUAUCGAUGAUCACCCACCACUGUUUGAAAAGUAUAAUCAAACGGUGGGAAUUAGACAUAAUGUCCCUAUCGAUACCCCAAUCGUGACGUGCAAAGCACGGGAUGAGGAUUCCAAUGCGUCUCCCAUUUUCUACAGCUUGGAAAGCGUAACGUUUGUUCCCCAAUUUUAUCGUCAAGACAACCAAACAGAAGAUUAUAUGAACGUAUUCAAUUUGAAUAAUGCCACUGGAGAAAUACGAACAACUGGCAGCAUGUCGAACUAUGUGGAUGGAUUCUUCCAAAUCGCAAUCAAGGCCAAUAACUCUCCCACCAUGGAACGAGCCGCCGAGAAUCAUUUGAAAAUUUUCGUCACAAGGGAUAAGUCCCUGCUGCGAUUCGUCUUCGCCAAACCGCCAUCCGAAGUGAACACGGUGCUGGAGGAUUUCGCUGCCGAUCUCCAGUCCAAACUGACCGACUACAACCUCGAGCUUUCCGUGUUCGACGCGCAGGUACUCGCCAAACCGGAUCACAGCUUGGACUUCAGCUCGACCAGCUCCUGCUUCCAGCUCACCCGGCACGGAUCGGCCCUCUCCCCGUUGGAGAUGCUCAAAAUUAUGGACAGCCAGGAAAUGAAGGACACUUUGCUCGAUACUUACAUGAAGUAUUCAGUUCAUAAGAUUGAUUCCUGCUCGAUCGCUCGCAAACAGCCGGCCGCUGCGCUGAUAGCUUCCUCGGGCACCUGGUUGGUGGUUCUGGCCGCUCUGAUUGGAUUUGCUGCAUUUGCUUCUACAAUGGCGGCGUGCUGUCUGGCCAGGAGGUACAAGAUGCAAAUUCAAUCCACGGUCCCCGCGCAUCGCAUUUCCGGAUCGGACAUCUACGGCAGUGCAACGCCAGUUCUGUACACUGAGCCCAUAUAUGGAGCUUUAUAGCUCAAACCCAUUGGGGCGAGCUUUUAACCAAUGGGAAACAUUGCCAGCAGGUACCAGUUGCGUAUGUAAUGGUAGUUUAGAUGAAUACGUGUUGCGGAGUGAAAAACAUUGUUACAACAAAUGCAACAUACAAAUUUCAACCCAAGGCCUUCCAUCCCUGCGAUGAAGCUGUCAUUUCAGCUUCCGGGAAGAAACAUUUCUUUUUCUCCUUUUUCCUAUUCGUCUUAUUUUGUCAGUUACAAUUUUCUAAGAGAAUUUCAUGCAAUUUAAUCCAGUUAUGACGCCAAAAAUCAAUCCACAAUCUGUUCUAAUUCGUCUAUCCAAUCGUUUCAAACGUACGAAACCUCUAGCUUCUGGUGUGUUUAACUCAAAAAGCUUCCCUUAGUCUGUACAAAGCAAGUCAUCAAUAUGCCGUAACAGAAUAAAAAUAAAACAUGCGAAAAUAAUAUUUAUUUAGGUACGUUUCAAAGCAUUGCUUUUGGGAUCAUGUUAGUAGUAAGAAUGGGGGGAACAACACGUAACUUUAACUUGCCGUCACGUAGAAAAAAACACGUCACUGCCUCGACCUUGCGCGUAACUCAAGUCUUCCGAAUGCUUCGAGCUGGAAACGGAGGAAUCUUAAAACAUAGUUAGGAAAAAGCUAUUUAUUUUUGUUUGUUUAAGUAUAAGCACUACGAUUUGAGCGAUAAAUACUGGGGGCCAGGUGCGUGAAUGUGUACAGACGAGACUCCAUCGCAACGUGAGGAGUUUCGAGAACGGGCAGCGAAAAAUAUGUGGCCGUAUGCAUGGAACGUGAUAUUUUGUUGUUGUAAAUAUAGAGAAAAAAAAGAU